UAAGUCAAGCGAAUAAUUUUGUUGAAGUAAAUCAAGCGAAUAAUUUUGUUGAAGUGAAUCAAGUGAAUAAUUUUGUUGAAGUAAAUCAAGCGAAUAAUUUUGUUAAAGUAAAUCAAGCGAAUAAUUUUGUUAAAGUAAAUCAAGCGAAUAAUUUUGUUGAAUCAAACGAAUAUGUUAUUGAAAGUAAGUCAAACGAAUUUGUUGUUGAAGUAAGUCAAGCGAAUAAUUUUGUUGAAGUGAAUCAAGUAAAUAAUUUUGUUGAAGUGAAUCAAGUGAAUAAUUUUUUGUUGAAGUGA